UUUGCUAAUCGCAAAACACUGCUCAAAGAACUCAUCGACAUACUAAAUUCGGAAGUACAGGAACAACUUAUUGAGAGUGGUAAUGAAUCAAAAACAGCCUCCAUAGCGUCAGAUAUGCGUUGGUCAUCAUUAAUCGACCGCAAAGAUUCCUUGCUUAAGAAAAUGGAGAGCAAACUUUCCAAUUGGGAAGUUACAGACCAUUUCCAUUCAGUUGCCUUAGACAAAGUUCAAAGAUCAAUAUGCUCACUGCGGUUGCAAGUCGAGCAACUAAACAAUCAAUUGAGCCAUGAAGAUACUGAUGAGGACAAAUGUGAAAGUCGCCAAUCAUCACUAGAAAUUCGCCAACCAGUUGGAAUUAUGAAGACUAAGAAGGUCGAUUCCAGUGCGAAAGUAAUCAAUUUCGACAAUCCGAAAAAUUUAACUUAUACUUCGGAUGUUACAAGCAGCUCUGGGACAUUACCAAAGAAAAAGAGUGUUAAAAUCAGUGCCGAUACUCAUAUUCCAGAGCAGAACACAGGAAGGCCAUUAGGCCGGAAAAUAUAUGUGAUGAAAAAGAAAUGAAUGAUUAUGUCGUGAAUUUAAUGCAAUAGGUACAAUUUUAAGUAAUUUGUAAAUCAUUUUUUUCAGUUAUCCGUUGUUAAUCAGACCGGUUAAGUUAAUUGGUAUCUCAAAUAAAAUGUCUCAUGUUGAAA